AUGUCAGCACCCAGCACAUGUGCUAUAUGUCACCUAUCGGCACCCAGCACAUGUGCUAUAUGUCACCUAUCGGCACCCAGCACAUGUGCUAUAUGUCACCUAUCGGCACCCAGCACAUGUGCUAUAUGUCACCUAUCGGUACCCAGCACAUGUGCUAUAUGUCACCUAUCAGCACCCAGCACAUGUGCUGUAUGUCAGCACCCAGCACAUGUGCUGUAUGUCACCUAUCAGCACCCAGCACAUGUGCUGUAUGUCAGCACCCAGCACAUGUGCUAUAUGUCACCUAUCAGCACCCAGCACAUGUGCUGUAUGUCAUCCACCACUUACCUCCCCAGCGUGGACCUGCCCAGGUACGAGAAAGUUGCUCUCAUCUCAGACAAGCCAAACAACGUUGACCCUCGCGCCCUGACCGACUUCACUAGACGGUACAACCAGCCCUACAAGGACCCCUUCCACAAGAAGUCGGCCACCAGCAGACAGUACAUCACCAGACGACCCGACUCUAAGGACAUCUCGUCCCGGUACCCCACCCUGGCACCCAUUGAGGAAAACAGAAUGAAAAACUUGCAGAUGUCCACAGUGUUUGAGCCUGAAGCGUGGACCAAGAGAUUUGAACAAAAAGAUGGUUUACCUGGCCCACCCCACCAGGCCGUCUCACGUAACGGUCAAGUUAGACGCUCCUACCCUGGCUACUCAUCCAAUGGCUUCUAUCACGCACCCAACUAUAUGACCCCCAGCACAGCGUCCACCAUGUCCUCUGUAUCAGACGAAGAGUUCAGGGCCAGGCUGUUGGCCAUGAUACCCCGGGGAGUUUACCUGCCGGACACGCCCAUCGUCCUCACCCCCACGGACGAGGCUCGGCUCCUCAACAUCUUGAGCCACGAGCUGUACGAAGCUGACGCCGACCAGUUGAAAGAUAUCUACAUCAACAUCUCCAACACCGUGGAUAAACACCUCACAGGAUACUGCCAGUAUCAGGACUUGUUUAGUAUUUUGUCUCGCAUGUCAUUUAAGUUUCCACCAGACCUUCUCCAGCUGGUGGCGGCCAUGUUUGUUUCAGACUACAGGAACCAGAGAGAUGUGAACUACGAGAGGUUCCUCACUUUUGUCGCGGCAGCUCUAAGGAACAGAGACAAAAUCAAACCACCCAGCCCGUCGUCUUCUACCCAACACCACAAUGGCAACACAGCCCAACUAGGCUUACACACCCCGAUUAGACACACACCCGGCAGUCCUUUCUUCGGGGACGGAGGGGAGAUCAAACUUUUGAGAAUGAUUGAAGCUCAGCUCAAUGAAAAUGAGUUUUCCAUCGACUAUGAUAAGCUGAUUGCAUCAUUUCAAGCGUCUGAUAGAAAAAGAACGGGUCUUCUCUCGGCUAAUCUCAUCAAAGAUAUUUGUAUUCAACAUCGGAUCCCUAUACAAGAAUCUCUGAUUGUUCGAUUACUUAAUCGAUGUGAGUACAGUACAAAAAAGGAGCAAUACAGCUGGAUAACGUUGAUACAAUUCCUAGAACGGAUUCAGCCAAGGAGAACAAGGAACAGAAUAAAACAACCUUCUGAGUACAACAAAUCAUCCUCCUCGUCCAAAACCAGCAGAUCAUCAUUCAGUCAAACUACCACUCCACUCUGGAAGAGAGAUCCCCCUUUGUUACCACUGAAAGAGGAAGUACCUGACCCUAACAGGGAGAUAAUUUCACGAAUGGAUCUAGAGUUAAAAAGCCUUGAAAGAAAUUAUGAUAGUUCGCGGUUACCUUUGUCUAUUAAAAAGGAAGAAGUGCCGUGGUUUAAAAGUUUUAUGCAGUUUGCAGAUGCUCUUUACAAACGUGAUGAAAAAUUUGAAGGGCAACUUCCUUACAAAGAAGUGUCAGCAUGGGCCAGAAUGUACAAUGAAACUUAUCAGCUUGGAAUUCCCGAUGAUGUAAUCAACAUGGCUAUGAAUCAGGCGACCAAGAAAGAGAAAGUUGAUAUUCAUUUAUUUUUAUCAAUAUUAGCAAAACCCCAUUAAUCAAAAUUUUAGUAAUUAGUUUAUAUUUACCUUUUAUCAAUAAACUGUGUCAUGGUAGGUGUGAUUAUAAUCUUAAAAAAAAUAUUUUCCCCUACAUUUCAUUUACCUAAUUAUAAAUUCAAUUUUACUUUUC